GUUUCGGAUAAAUUCACUUUUGGCCUUUUUGGUGGUUAUCCAAUAUUACUCGUCACUUCUCUCGUUGUUCCGUCAACUUCAUCGGAAUAUUAUUUAUUACUAUAAAGUUAGAUUAGAUAAUAAUAUUAUAGUAAUUAAAAAAAUCGAAUUCGGAUAAAUUAUUCAGCUGUUCCGUUUUGAUCGUUACGGACACAGCUUCAACUACCUCAUCCUCUCUGCACGGCAUGCACGACCACCAUAACCGCUGCUGAACCACACCAACAUGGCGCUAUCUUGGCCGCACGUGCUGCAGUUCCGUUCUCAACCACUUCUCGGACACGCUAACUGCGUGUUCUUCUCGGAUCUUACGGAAUCUCGCUCUCUGGAGCUUUCAUGCACUGAUUCCCUCGCUCUGCUACGCCGGUGCAAAAUCUCCGUGCCGUCUCCGGCGGCGGUGAGGCCGGUGAAAUGCCUCGGCAGAUCUACGGAGGAGAAGCAGUGGAGUGACGCUGAAACUGCCGUGUCCGACUCCGACGAAGUUUCCGACGGGCCGAAUGAGCGGAGCCGGAAUUCCGUUCCGACAAACGGUCGUGUGGAGUCGCAGAGGAUUGUUUCCGCGUCUUCCGGCGAUUCUCUAUCUCUCGGAAUUCGAGAACCGGUUUACGAAGUUGUUGAAGUGAAGUCUAAUGGGAAAGUAUCAACUAGGAAAAUCAACAGGAGACAAUUGUUGAAGUCAAGUGGUCUUCGUCCACGGGACAUUCGAAGUGUGGAUCCAUCAUUGUUUAUGACAAAUUCAAUGCCUGCUUUGCUGGUCCGGGAGUAUGCUAUACUUCUAAAUCUGGGUUCACUACGAGCAAUAGCAAUGCAAGAUUGUGUACUUAUAUUUGACUAUAAUCGUAUAGGAGGAAAAGCUUUUCUAGAGACAUUGCUGCCUCGAUUGAACCCCAAGAACAACAAUGGAGGGCCAUCAAUGCCAUUUGAAAUUGAGGUUGUUGAAGCAGCAUUGCUUUCAAGAAUACAGAGAUUGGAGCAGAGAUUGAUGGACUUAGAACCUCGUGUACAAGCUCUUCUUGACGCCUUGCCUAAUCGCUUAACUGGUGACAUCUUGGAGCAGCUUCGUAUUAGCAAACAAACUUUGGUUGAGUUAGGUUCUAAGGCAGGAGCUCUCAGACAGAUGCUGCUUGACCUUCUGGAGGAUCCCCAUGAAAUACGCCGUAUGUGUAUCAUGGGAAGAAACUGCACACUUAAUAAAGGAAAUGAUGAUAUGGAAUGCUCAGUGCCUUUAGAAAAGCAGAUUGCUGAGGAGGAAGAGGAGGAAAUUGAAAUGCUUUUGGAAAAUUAUCUUCAAAGAUGUGAAUCUUGUCAUGGUCAAGCCGAAAGGCUUCUUGAUUCUGCAAGAGAAAUGGAAGAUUCUAUAUCUGUCAGUUUGAGUUCACGAAGGCUUGAGGUUAGCAGAGUAGAACUGCUUCUGCAGGUUGGAACAUUCUGUGUGGCAAUAGGUGCCCUCGUAGCAGGUAUAUUUGGCAUGAACCUGAAGUCCUAUCUUGAGGAACAUGUGUUUGCAUUUUGGCUGACGACAGCAGGGAUAAUUGUUGGUGGCAUUAUUGCUUUCUUUCUGAUGUAUUACUACCUCAGAGCUAGGAAAAUAUUUUGAUUGCAAGAAACUUCAAAGUUAGGUGAUGUCAGGUUGUGAACAAUAGUAAGCACCCAAAAAGUUCAGUAAUGUACACCAGGAUCAAUCAUCCAAAAUGGAUUUCAAAGUAUGCAUGAUGGCACAUUGGCACUCACAUUGUCAUUGCUGAGCUGUGACGAGCGUUAGUUUUUAUUCUUGUUUUGGAGGAGGGGGGUAUACAUUCUUUGUUUGCUUCGUGAGUUCAUAAUAUAUAUGGCUAUGAUAGCCAUGAUAGCUUGUCAGCCAUCAAGAGAUCAUUCGAUUGUUGUCUGGGGGGGUGGGGGAGGAUGUACACUAAAACAUUAUUCAACUUACGAUGUUACUCGCUAUCUUUAGGUUCAAGGUUACUACCAUAUGCAGAGACUGCAUAAAAAAGGUAGUGGAAUGCAGACGUCAAUCAGCAUUUUAGUUGGGUACUACAACCAAAUUUUUAGGGUGGUGAUGUUUGUCUAAAAUCAGUAAACCAGGUAAUAGAAGGACAUAAUGUGCUUGGUUGCA